CAAUGUCAGUGCUGUCCUCAGUUCUGGAAUCCAAAUAUUUCUGAGUGUUCUUCUAGACACUUCAUUUUAACUCAAAGAACUAAGGACGCAAUCACCAAACUAGUCAGUCCAGUGGGAUUGAGUACUGCAAGUGCUACAAUGUCAACAAACAUCAAGCAACGAGUAAUGACAUCCCUGAGAAAAGUGGAGGAAUAUAUCUUGAAUGAUAUAUUGUCAUCACUGAAUAAAAGUGGAACAAAAGAAGACAUCAUAUACUAUAAUUCAAAUGAAGCUGAGAUUUUUGCGUAUUAUGUGCCAUUUAAUAGCAGCUAUGGAGAAGAAUUGUUAACCCUAAUGGUAGAGAAUGUCACAAUGAGAAUUAAUAGGAAAACAGUCACUAAUGGGACUGAAACAGGUACUCCUCCUUUUGCUAUGCUGACAUCAAUCCAUGGGUCUAAACUUGAAACUCUGCUCUCUGAUGAUCAUCUGGUUGGCCAAACCACAUCAAGUAUAAAAUAUAUGGUGAAUUCAAAAGUAAUAACUGCAACAAUUUCAAGCAAGUCAAAGUACUAUCUCAAAGAUCCAGUCAUGUUCACAUUUCGGAAAAAGGAGGUUAAUGAACGGAAACCAUCUAAAUGUGUCUUCUGGAAAAAUGGUGGAAAAAACAUAAGUGGCUGGUCUACAGAAGGAUGUUCUGAGGAAAAUACCAAUACAACGCACAUAACAUGUAAAUGUAACCAUUUAAGCAGCUUUUCUGUACUAAUGGCUCUAGAUGAAACAUUACAGGAUGAGACACCAUUAGCCAUAAUUUCAUAUAUCGGACUCACAUUUUCAGUCAUCUGCUUGGUUAUUUCAGUUUUGACAUUUUGGCUGUGUCAUUCUAUUAAAAAUGCCACUACAGCACAACUCCUCAACCUUUGUGCCAGCCUACUUGUGGCAGAUGUUAUAUUCCUUUUUGGCAUUUCUAGGACAAGCAAUAAGGCAUUGUGCAAAGCUAUUGCAAUGUUCCUGCACUACUUCUUCUUGGCUUGCUUCUGUUGGAUGUGCCUGGGAGCACUGCAGCUCUAUCUCAAGGUACUACAUUUGAAAGCAGUCAAUGUUUUCCGAACACACGUCAUCUGAAGGAGAUACCUUUAUCCUGUGGGCUAUGGACUACCUGCCAUAAUUGUGGCAAUUUCUGCAGCUAUCUCCCCUCAACACUAUGGGACAAAAAAAGUGUGCUGGUUGAAAUUAGAAAGUGGCUUUAUAUGGAGCUUUCUGGGACCUGUUUGUUUUAUACUUUUGGUGAAUAUAUUUUUAUUUAUCAAAACUAUUUACAUGCUGCAACAACAUUUUUCAUCGCUCAACAAAGAUGUGUCAACAAUCAAGAACACAAAGGUACUCCUUUUCAAGGCCAUUGCUCAGUUCCUUGUACUGGGCUGCACAUGGAUAUUUGGUAUCUUUCAGUUUCGACAAGAGAUGCUUUUCAUGUCAUACCUUUUCACGUUACUGAAUAGCUUCCAUGGAGUCUUUAUGUUUCUGCUCUACUGUGUUGCUAACAAACUGGUUCUGGAUGAGUACAAAAAGAAGUUUCAGUGCCUCAUCAGAAGGAAGAAGAAAGAGCAGGACCUCACUACUACAUCCAGCACUGCUGCCACUUUUAUGAUUAUGUCAUCAUCUCAAACUUGAAAAGCUGUUUCCCAAGUGUCCUGUAACUAAUAUCGGUAUCAGCAAUGCAAAAAGAGAAGAUAAAGUUGGUGAAGAAGAAGAACAUUGAAGCAUAUGUAUAAGUGUCAUGAGUUAUGCACUUUGUAAUAAAUAUUCUAAUACGUUUGAAAUGUACUUUACAUGCCUAUAAGUAGUUACUCAUGUAGCUACCUCCACUGCUCUGCUUGCUUAAAACAAAAACAGAAAUAUCAUGGUUUCAGCGCUGCUCUCUACAAUUUCUUAUUACCAUAUGUUCUUUUAUUACUUGAAUUCACAUUAAUCAGUUAUUCGUCAGACAUUCUGCAUUCUUGUUAACGUACAGACAUGUUAAUGCUUUGGAAGCAUACUAUUGUAAUA